AGCCGAAGCGGGUCGCCAGCGAGGCCAGAGCGCAGUUGGACUCGCUGUGACCUGCAGGAAACGGAGAGUAAGAGAUAAGAGAAGAGUAAAGGAUUACAGGAUUCUAUUACGGAGGAUCGGCCAAGGGAGCGGAGCUGCCCCCAGUCACAGUGAGGAGAGAGAGGAGGAGGCGAACCAAAGAAACGAAGCGGAGAAGGUUCUAGGGUUCGCAGCGGACCGGGCGCGAUCUUGAUCCGCGAGUCCGGACCGAGGUGAUUGCUCUCCCCGGUUUGUUUCGUUCCGAUCAGUCCCACUUUCUUGAUCUUCUAGGGAAUGUUGUUCCGGUGGAGUUCUUCAAGGUGACACACGGUGCGAUUUGGUUCCCUUUUCUUGGAAGCUUUGGUUGCAUUGCUCCUUGUUUGUUUGUUUAGUUUGAUGUGUCUUCAAUAAGUAAGAGAAGAGUAAGAGAUUAAAGAAUUCUAUUUCUGGAGGGUACGAUGAUGCCUUAUGACACGGAGGCGGCGAAGGAAGCAGAGCAGAGCUGCCCCGUGUCACUGUGAAGGGAGAGGAGAACUGAGAAAAAAAGAAAAAAAAAAAGAAGCGGAGAAGAUUCUAGGGUUCGCAUCGAAUUGGCCGUGAUCUUGAUUAUUGAAUUCUUGGCCGAGCUUUUAUCUGUUCAUCAGCAGAUUCUGUAUGAGACCUCCCUGGUUUUAUGUGAAUUUCAAGUUCUAUGGUGGUGAUACAUCCAGAUUAUUUCUGAGCAGAGAAUGCACUAGUAGCUGAACUCAUCUAUUUGUGUGGAAGAAGAGUUAGCAUCAUGAACUUUUAGCUUUUUCCAAGCUAUCUCAUGCAUCAAGAACUGGAGAAAACAAGUACACAAAUAAAUAAGCAUAAUCUGAAUUUGUGUCUUUAUGGUUGGGAGAAUUGAUCUACUCUGUAAUCUUUCUGGUUUUUCUUCUUUUUCUGAAUGACUAUGUUCUCUGUCUUAAAAGGCGGAUACUUGUUUUGGCAUCAUGUGGGAAACUUCUGCAUCUUCAUGCUUUUAUGCUGCCUUAAGCAUUCAAUGGUUAAGGGCUUUACUUCAGAAACCCUGCGUCAGGAAUCUUCUGGACUGAUUCGAAAUGAAGCAUAUGGUAGAAAUGCAGUGGACAGUAGUGAAGGUCAAUCCUGUCUAUCUUAUUUGGAUAAUUCUGGGUCUUGUCAGGACUUGAAAGGUUUUGGCACUUUCGAUACAACAUGUUUACUGAACUCAAGUUUGAAUUUAGAUGGUGAUCUUUGUGUAUAUGGCUCAGGAAACAUAGAAGUUUUCCCACAUAUUGCCAUCAUAUGCCCUGUUAAAGGAUGCUCAAUUGUUGUUAACAUGUCUGGAAGUGUUAAGAUUGGUGAAUAUGUAAAUGUGAUGGCAGGUUCUGUUAGUUUUGAUGCUAGAAAUCUUACUUUGGAUCACUGUGCAACAAUAAACACAACAUCCUUUGGUGGGUCACCACCAUCCCAGACAAGUGGUACUCCUAUUGGCCAUGAUGGUGCUGGUGGAGGACAUGGGGGUCGUGGUGCUUCAUGCCUAAGAAGUAACAAGACAAAUUGGGGUGGUGAUGUUUAUGCAUGGUCAACAUUAUCUAAGCCAUGGAGUUAUGGAAGCAAGGGGGGAAGUACAUCUGCUGAAAAACGGUAUGGAGGUGAUGGUGGGGGCCGUAUUGAGCUCAAAGUCAGUGAUACAUUGCAAUUGGAUGGAUUCGUAACUGCAGAAGGUGGCAUGGGAGGACUCGAAGGAGGAGGUGGAUCUGGAGGAAGCAUCAUUAUCCAUGCAUUAAAACUGAAGGGAAGUGGCGUGAUCAGUGCUGCUGGUGGGAGUGGAUGGGGUGGCGGUGGUGGUGGGCGAAUCUCUCUGGAGUGUUACAGCAUACAAGACGUUAAGAUCACAGCUCAUGGGGGUUGGAGUAUUGGCUGUCCUGAGAAUGCUGGUGCAGCGGGCACAAUUUAUGAUAAUACAUUACAAAGUCUUAGGGUCAGCAAUGACAACUUUACAACACGUACUGAGACUCCACUCCUUGAUUUUCCGAUGACUAUACUUUGGUCCAAUGUUUUUGUCGAGUGCAAUGCAAAAGCUUUGGUUCCAUUGCUUUGGACGAGAGUACAGGUGAGAGGCCAAAUUAAGCUAAUCGAUGGGGGCAGCAUCUGCUUUGGAUUAUCUGACUAUCCAGUUUCAGAAUUUGAACUGGUUGCAGAGGAGCUUCUCAUGAGUGAUUCUGUUAUAAAGGUCUAUGGAGCGUUUAGAAUGUAUGUUAAAAUGCUGCUUAUGUGGGACUCCAGAAUCCAGAUAGAUGGUGGUGGCAAUAAUGAUGUUAGUACGUCCAUGCUUGAAGCUAGAAAUUUAGUUGUUCUCAGGCAUAAUUCUGUCAUAUCCUCAAAUGCCAACUUGGGUGUUUAUGGUCAAGGGCUUCUCAAAUUAUCUGGACAUGGUGAUGGAAUUAAAGCUCAGAGACUUUUCCUAUCAUUAUUUUAUAACAUUGAAGUUGGGCCAGGUUCAUUACUACAGGCUCCAUUGGAUGAAAAUAUUGGAAGCAGUUUGGCUACUCAAUCUCUCUGUGAGAGUCAAACAUGUCCAAAAGAAUUACUCAUGCCUCCUGAUGAUUGCCAUGUGAAUGAUUCUCUAUCUUUUACAUUGCAAAUCUGCCGUGUUGAGGACCUUACUAUCAGUGGUAUAAUCCGAGGUAGCAUCAUUCACAUUCAUCGAGCAAGGACAGUCGCAAUUGAUGCAGAUGGCAUAAUAAGUGCCUCUGAGUUAGGUUGCAAAGAGGGCAUUGGAAAAGGGAAGUUUCUAAAAUAUGGUGCUGGUGGUGGUGCUGGGCAUGGUGGGAGGGGUGGCUCAGGAUUUUAUAAUGGCUUGCUAAUUGAUGGUGGUCGAAAAUAUGGGGAUGCUGAUCUUCCUUGUGAGUUAGGAAGUGGGAGCAGUGGCUCCAGUGAGUCACUAGAAAAUGUUGCUGGUGGAGGAAUGAUAGUUAUGGGUUCCAUCAAGUGGCCGCUUUCUACAUUAGAGAUUUAUGGUUCUUUGAAGGCAGAUGGCCAAAGCCAUCUGCAAUCAUCAAGAAACUAUAACGGAAGUUUGAUGGGUGGUGUUGGUGGUGGUUCUGGUGGUACAAUACUUCUUUUCCUUCAAGCUCUUAUACUUGAGGAGAAUUCAUCAUUGUCAGUAGCUGGUGGUACUGGUGGCCCAGUUGGUGGUGGUGGUGGAGGCGGUGGAAGAAUACACUUUGAUUGGUCAAAUAUUGCUACAGGAGACGAAUAUGUUCAGAUUGCUUCUGUAAAUGGUACAAUCAUGUCAAGUGGAGGAACCGGAAGCAAUGGUGGAUAUCAUGGGGAAGAAGGAACUAUCACAGGAAAGAAGUGUCCCAAGGGGCUCUAUGGCACAUUCUGCACUGAAUGCCCAGUAGGCACAUACAAGGAUGUCGUUGGAUCUAACUCAUCACUUUGUGUUCCUUGCUCUCUAGAUGUACUUCCUAGACGGGCAAACUUCAUUUAUGUGAGGGGAGGUGUUACACAACCAUCCUGUCCAUAUAAAUGUCUAUCAGAGAAGUACAAGAUGCCCAACUGUUACACACCACUUGAAGAUUUAAUGCAUACAUUUGGUGGUCCAUGGCCUUUUGCUAUUCUUCUAUCAUUUCUUUUGGUUAUAAUAGCACUUCUGCUAAGUGCUUUAAGAAUUAAGAUGAUUGGAAGUGAUCUCUCUUAUCGGUCUGCAAGUUCGAUGCAGCAUGAUGUUUCUGAUUCUUUUCCCUAUCUGCUUUCCCUAGCAGAGGUUCCAGGGACUAGCAGAGCUGAAGAAACUCAAAGCCAUGUGCACAGGAUGUACUUCAUGGGCUCAAAUACAUUCAGAGAGCCUUGGCAUCUUUCUUACUCUCCACCAAAUGCAAUUAUUGGAAUUGUGUACGAAGAUGCUUUUAAUCGGUUCAUUGAUGGGAUUAAUUCUGUUGCUGCAUAUGAAUGGUGGGAAGGGUCAGUACACAGCAUACUUUCAGUUCUUGCAUAUCCAUGCGCAUGGUCUUGGAAACAAUGGCGCCGAAGAAAGAAGAUUCAUCGACUUCAAGAAUAUGUCAAAUCAGAAUAUGACCACUCAUGCCUUCGCUCAUGCAGAUCACGAGCUCUUUACAAAGGGAUGAAGGUUGGUUCGUCCCCUGAUUUGAUGGUUGCCUACAUUGAUUUCUUUCUUGGUGGCGAUGAAAAACGGCUAGACAUAGCCUCAACUAUCCAGAAGAGAUUCCCUAUGUGCAUAAUUUUUGGUGGUGACGGAAGCUAUAUGUCCCCUUACUAUCUUCACAGUGAUACAUUAUUGACCAAUCUCCUCGGUCAGUAUGUCUCAACAGCAAUCUGGAAUAGACUUGUUGCUGGGUUCAAUGCUCAGUUGAGGACAGUAAGGCAAGGAUGCAUUCGUUCUGCACUGCAUCCUGUUGUUGCUUGGACAAAUAGCCAUGCAAAUUUCCAACUUGAGCACCAUGGUGUAAGAGUUGAACUGGGUUGGUUUCAGGCCACUGCUUCUGGUUAUUACCAACUAGGUAUAUUGGUAGCUCUAAACGAGUAUUUCUUCAACAAUGUGCACCAGUCAGACAUGUUAGAUACAAGUAAUAGUCCAAGAUGCGCCAGAAACAUGAAAAACUCUUCAGUUUCAAGCAAGAUCUUAAAGCCAUUACAGCAAAGUCAACCUUGUACUAGUCACACAAUGUCAUGCAAGAAGUUGACUGGAGGAGUAAAUGGUGGGAUAAUAAAUGAAGUAACAUUAAAAUCAUUGGAUUAUAGAAGGGACUAUUUGUUCCCACUUUCUCUUUUACUACAAAAUACCAGGCCUGUAGGCUUUCAGGAAACAUUACAGCUGCUGAUAUGUAUCAUGCUUUUGGGAGAUUUUAGUGUUACCCUUCUUACACUAGUUCAAUUCUAUUGGAUAUCCCUUGGGGCUUUUCUUGCUGUCCUUCUUAUACUUCCCCUAUCACUGCUUUCUCCUUUUCCGGCUGGUCUUAAUGCUUUAUUCAGCCGAGGACCGAAAAGAUCAUCACUUGCUCGUGUAUAUGCACUGUGGAAUGCUACAUCCAUAGUAAAUAUUAUGGUGGCAUUUGUUUGUGGAAUUCUAUAUUCUGGUUUUUCGCCCACAGAACUUGGUGGAAAUCUUGACACAUCCAAAUUAAGGGAGGACAAUGGAUGGUGGCUUCUGCUGAUUAUCCUUCUUCUGAUUAAGUCAUUACAAGCAUGCUUGGUUAAUCGGCACAUAGCAAAUCUGGAGAUCCAAGACCUAUCCUUGUUUAGCCCAGAUACAGAGAAAUUCUGGGCAAUGUGAUGCGUUUGAAGAGGAUAUCAGAGGCAGUUAGUAGCACAAAUGAUCUCCAUCACUGGCAGAAGAGGCAUGCUUGUUAACUUUCAGUGAAUUUUUUAUGUAUAUAUGUCAAUUGUAAAUUUCCAUAUAUCCUGUUUUUUUCUUGGUUUCCAUCAGUUUUUUGGGCCAAUUGACAGUGAGAAGCUCUUUUCAAUUGACCAGUCACUCCAAUUUUAGGGAGUAUGGUGAUCUGCCCCGUCUGAAUUUGAUCUCCGGUUAAGAGUUGAACUUGUUCAUGUGUGAAUUUUUGGUUUCCUGAAACGCAAUUGAUAUUCCUGCCAAAACUUCUGGUGA